AUGAAUUACUUCAAUUCUUUAAGGUAAAAAUGCAAGACAAGUUCACAGGCAGAAGAAGAACCUUCAUAAUUACUCAUUCCCUGCAUGAAUUGUUAAGAAUAUAUUAGAUUUAAUUUAAUCAAUCAGCAUUCCUUCACUUGCACUCAAGUGUCAUAGGAUAUAGAUCAUAUUGAUAAAACCUACUCUUUGUUGGAGGAAAAUCAUUAUAAAUUACAAAAAAUCAGGAUGAGCUUAAUGGAAAAAUAGAAUAAUAUAUUAGCACUUAGACUCAUUAGGAUAAUUGAACUUAUAGUUCAGAUUUCUACUAUAGGUAAGGUGGAAAUAGCUUGUUGUUAAACCUAUUUAGAAGAAAUCAUUCAAUUAAAAUACCUUCCUAAAUCAUCAUUAAAUCUAAGUUUGUAUAUUGAAAGAAUACAAGUACUUAUAGAACAAAAGAUAUAAAUACUGAAAGAUGAUUUGGAAAUCAAACAAGAACAUGAAUAUAAGCAGAGUUCGCAGAAUAAGUUCAAAUAGUUAAUGACAUAAGAGAGCCAAUCGAAUUAGUACAGUAAUAAAAUGUACUGUUUGAGCGCUGAUUAAAAGGAUAAUUAUGGUGAAUCAAAAGAGCACUUGCUUGAAAAAUUAAACAAUAAAAUUUAGGAAUGCAAUAAUUUAUAAAUGGAAUCGUAGCAUUAUAACUAUGGUCUAAUUAAUAAAAAUUUAUAAAAAAGGAAAAGUCCUAAAUGGAUGAAUGCUGAAUAAAUAGAGGUACUAUUUCCUCGUUAGCAGCAUAAAAAUUUGCUUAGCUAAUAGGUUCCUAUGAAAUUGAAUGGUAAGAGUGAAAUUCUAACUAAUAUGUCAACUAGUGAUAUUGGAUUUUUAGAAGAGUAAUCAAGGAAAUGCGAAUCUUAAAGUCAACGAUUGUUUUAUUCGAAAUUGUUAAAGUUAAAGCUACAGAUUUCUAAAUAAUCUUAAGCAUAAAAAUUAUCGGCUGUAAUUUUGUGGGAUGAAGCAUAGAAAUUAAAGUUAAGUUGUGAGGAAUUCGAUAAAUUUUUGAAAGCAGCCAUUAGAAAUCCAGAAAAAUAUUUGAACAACGAAUUUUGA